AUGAUCGGCCGUUCAGAAAUCCCCUCCCUGCGCAAAUCUACUUCAAUUAUCCAUACAUUGAUUCCUUUCUUUUCCAGGAAAUACACCACGACGGCUAGUCCAGCUGCUGCCCAGCCGGGGCCUCCUUCCGCUUCCUUCUAUGGAUAUCAGUCUCUUGCUAUAUCAGGAAGCGAGGACAAUGCUAAUAUCCGUCAAACAUAUCGCCUCUUUAUUCUUAAGAAAGACUCAGCUGAGGACUGGGUCAAUAACUUAGAGUUAAUAAUGGCUAUGGACAUGGCAGCGCGGGAACUGCGAGGAUUAAAUAACAAGUCAUUCUUAAGUGCAGGGCCCGAUAGUUCAGGCAACAGAGUGAUAAGUAUAUUUGGAUAUUGCCUGAACAGCACGGGAAUCUGGUUAAUACCGCUUAGUACAGGAAGCAUGCAUCCCACGCAGGGCCGUAUGCUGGCUAUUCCGCAGGUAUACGGCGGCUCGCAAUCAUUCAACACCAUUAACUCGCUGCGUAUUCUCGGCAGGUGGAUGCGCAUAUUUACCAUUCCAAAUCAGUCAUCUAUCCCCAAAGUGUAUAUAUAUUUCCCCGAUGAAGGUCAACCAGGUGACCAGAGACUCCUGUCCAGUAGUAAUCGGGACCGAGUAGAUUGCAUGGAGGAGUUUAUGAAAUAUACCCUCAUGCGGCCCCGCCUAGAGCUUUUUGGCAAUCGGUUCAGCGAGCGGGAAGAGAAACAGGCCAAGGAUAAAAUGACGCGGGCAAAAAAAGUUUAG